AGAUAACAAGAUCGAUAAUGACCAAGAUUUUUUGAUGCAACAUAAUCCUAUUUCAUUAUGUAUAGAAUCAUCUAAAGAUUAUGCUGUAACUAAUUAUACUUUCAAUCUUGAACAUGUAAAGCAAUUGCAGGGAGGUGAAUUAUAUACUCCAGUUCUUCGAAAUAUAAACAAUACACGGUCAAAAUAUGGUUACGCAUAUAGGUUAAUAAAGAAGAUUAUCAACGUUGCUAUCAACAGUAAUUCAUAUGAUGAAUUAAUUGGAUUAUGUCAGCAAUUUUUUACAAACAAGCAAUUAGCGUUAAAUGAAGAUGAUCAAUCUGAGAAUAUUCCAAUCGCUAAUCCUAUUGUUUCUGCAAGAAGAGGAAGGCCUCCGGGUAGAGCAAAAAGUGAUGUUGAAAUUCAAGAAUCAAAUACAAAAAAACGUCGCUAUUUGUCCAAUACUGAUACCAACAUCCAACAAUCUAAUAAUAAAAAGCGAUGCAAAAGAUGUGGUGAAAAGGGUCAUAAUCGAGCUACCUGCAAAGCUGAAAUUUAA